ACCCUUUAAGGAUUAUGCGGCGUUGUUUUGAUUUUGCGGUAGUUUUAUGCUGAUCGCGCGCUGAACGCGGGACGUUUGUGUUUAUUCGCAUCCUGAGCCCGUUUGCGCUUAUUAAUAUUUAUUUAUUUAUUUAUUUAUUCCUUCCGUCCGUAAUGGAUCCGGGAGCUUUCGGUUUUUGUAGGCGGUCGCUGCAACGGUUUGUUCUCUUCUCCGCGGUCUGGUGCUCAGCUUUCGCCGUGACCCGCUACUCCGUCCCGGAGGAAACAGCCGAAGGCACCGCGGUGGCAAAUCUGGCUGCAGAUCUGGGUUUGCACGCGCGCAGCCUGGCGGAGCGCAACGUGAAGCUCGACUACAUCCACAGCAAGAAAUACCUGGAUGUUAACAAAGAGACCGGGGAAAUGUUCAUCGCCGAGAAGAUCGACAGGGAGCACAUCUGUCCCGCGAAGACGUCCUCAUCCUGCUUUCUUAAGAUGGACGUGGUCAUCGAGAACCCCCUGCGCAUAUUUAACAUCGAGCUGGAGAUCAUGGACAUAAACGAUAACGCCCCUCAGUUCAGGAGAGAGCGCAUACCACUGGAUAUCUCCGAAUCAGCCAGGCCUGGAGAGAAAUUCUCUCUAACUAACGCAGUCGACGCAGAUGUUGGAGAGAACUCCAUCAAGACUUACUUCCUGAGCCAGAGCGACGAGUUCACUAUUGAAAUUCAGUCCGGAAGCGACGGCACCAAAUACGUGGACCUCGUUCUCCAAGCAGCCCUGGACAGAGAAAAGCAGGCUGUCCAUGAUCUCAUCCUCACCGCUGUAGACGGUGGCACGCCGCCACGGACUGGCACCGCCACCGUCCUUGUAAAAGUACUGGACACCAACGAUAACUCUCCACAGUUCGACAGGCAGGUGUAUUCAGUCGAUCUGGUCGAAAAUGCCCCGCUUGGUACUUUGGUCAUGCAGCUCAAUGCAACAGACAAGGACGAGGGCACCAACGCUGAGGUGGCAUACUUGUACACGCUGUACACGUCGGAGAAAACGCAGGAAAAGUUCUCGCUCGAUCCCAAAAGUGGAGAAAUCCGCGUGAAAGGAGUUAUUGAUUACGAGGAGUCGAGAAGUUUCGAAAUGUACGUGGAAGCCAAAGACAAAGCGGUGAGUCCACUUUCGGCACAAUGCAAAAUACUGGUGUUUAUCACGGAUUUAAACGACAAUUCUCCCGACAUCACGGUUAAAUCGUUCAAAAGCUCAGUUAAGGAGAACGCGCCUGCUGGAACAGUAAUCGCCGUUGUCAGUGUAAGCGACAGAGACUCUGGAGAUAAUGGCAAAGUUCUUCUUUCCUUACGCAACGCUGAGGUUUUGCCUUUCAUUCUAAACAAAUCAUCCGAGGAUUACUUUGAACUGACUAUCAAAGAUCCGUUAGACCGUGAGAAAGACUCUAGUUAUGAGAUCACGCUGCAUGUUACGGAUAGAGGAACGCCUCCGCUAACUGACAACGAGACCAUUAGCUUGGAAAUAAUGGAUGUGAAUGACAAUGCUCCUGUGUUUCCUCAGUCCUUCUACUUGAUUCAUCUGCCUGAAAACAACGAGCCAGGUGAGCUUCUCUACUCUCUCACUGCCCACGACCCCGACUUGAAUGAAAACCAGUACCUGGUCUAUUUCAUUGUGGAGAAAGAGAUCUCCAACACGUCUGUGUCUACAUUGUUCUCAGUAAACCCGGAAAACGGGAACCUGCAUGCGCUGCGUGCCUUCGACUAUGAGCGUGAGAAGGAGUUUCUCUUUCACAUAGAAGCUCGGGAUUCUGGCAUCCCACCUCUGAGUAGCAAUGCCACUGUGCGUGUGAUCAUUCUUGACCAGAAUGACAAUGCGCCUCAAAUCGUGUCACCUUGGAGAGCUCAUGACUCUGUCGUCGAUCAGGUGAUCCCACGGGCCGCUGACCAGGGCUCGCUGGUGGCGAAGGUAAUCGCACUGGACGCGGACUCAGCGCAGAACUCGCGUGUCACCUACCAGUUCCUCCAGGUCACUGAUGCGUCACUGUUUACUUUAGACCGCUACAAUGGUGAGGUGAGGACUGCUCGCAUGUUCACCUACCGAGAUCCCAAAUACCAACGGCUUGUGAUUGUUGCCAAAGAUAACGGAGAUCCCCCACGCUCUACCACAGUCACCAUCAAAGUUUCCACUGUGGAGCAAACCGUGGUCACGCAGUUAACAGAGACAACUGAGAUGCCUAUAGAAUACGACCUGUUUACAGAUUUGAACCUGUAUCUCUUGCUCAGUCUGGGCUCCGUGUCUUUUCUGCUGCUCAUCACCAUUUUGGUCAUAAUUGUGCUGAAGUGCCAGAAACCCAAACCUUCCAAAGCGGCUGUUCAUGGUCGAAACAGUAUCACCAGCCAGAGGAAUUCAACCAUCGGUGACUCCACUCUCAUCUCCAGUGAUGCGUACUGGUACAGUCUGUUUCUAGCGGAGACGAGGAAAGGAAAGGUGGUGGUUCGACAGCCGUUGCCCAACGGCACUGGCUUCCUUGUGUCCAGUAUACCACGGAGCGCUGCUCUCACGACCACCAGUGAAUCGAGAUCUUCCACACUGCAGGACUCCAGCAGUGAUCUACCUUGAUCCUGGAUCUUCCUUAUGGAUCAUCAUUUAAGUGGAACACUUAUCCUUAACUAUUGGUCAUGAGAAUUCAGUUCUGAUAAACUCUUGUGACACAUGAAAAAACUUCAAUGUCAUGUCAAUGACCUGCUGUAUUUCUCAUCAGUCUGUAACCACAGCAGCGACUUUGCAUGGCUAAGAAGACUUUGUGAUAAGUCAUGACAGGACUCUGUGUAUUGAGCGAGAAAAAAAAAGAUGUUUAAGAUUCAGACCCUGAAUUCAAGAGAUGAUGAGUAGAUACUCAUUAAAAUAUAUUUUUUACCGUUUUUUUCAUUUGGAAAUCGACUUGUCUGUUAUGCAUGCUAAACCAGUGCUACUCUGGUCAAGCACUCUGAGCUGGACAAAAAUGUAAUCUAAAGAGCACAAUUUCCUAACCCAGGCAUGUUGUGUUUUUGGUUAUAUGAUAAACCGAAAAAUUAUUCAAUUAAUUAAUUAGAAUUUAAUUUGAUUCAUAAACUAAUAUACAAGCAGUUCAGUGACAAACUUCUGUACUCCUCCUAUGCUGACACUGGCAUAAAAAUUCUAACAUUAUUUGUAGCAUAUAAUGAUGAUGAAAGCCUGGAUUAUAUAAAUACAGUAUACUGUAUCGCUCAGGUUAAAAAAACGCUACCUGUCCUUAUAUAAUACUUUCUACCUGCAUCUGCUUCAGAUCUGCUGCUCUCAAUACUACUUUAGUUUACAUUACAAGACCUUAAUUAAAAUCUUAAACCCUGCUGCUUCCGAUGCACCGAGACUACCUAACUAAUCGGUGUAGUGUACAGUAUGUGCAGAAACAGCACAUACAGCCGUGCACACAUAUGUGCGAAGCUUUGAAGCUUUAAAGAAGCAAUAAGUAGGAUGUUCUUAAUUUAGGGAGCAUUUUCCCAAAAAUUAAACCUUUUAAAUUUAUACUAAAAGCAUUUAUUUGUAAACUGGAAAACCAUUGUGUAUAUUUAAAUUACCUUAGAAUAAUAGAACCUGACCAAUCUCACUUAUUUAGCAGGGAGUUAGUUUAUCAGUGGAAUACUCAAGCAUGUCUUCAUUGGCACAAUUGAUCUAUACCCCUACAAUAAUGCUUAAAUUACAUACUAAAUAUCCAAAUUAUUUUUUUCUCAUGUUUGUCAAUGAUGUGAUCUGCAAACAUCCAAUAAUAUAAGAUAAUGAGACUUUUCUGACUAAAAUACUACUACUUACUGCUUCUUUAGAUACGAUCAGACUGUUUUUGUACAAAGAGCCGUGUUGGUUUGUAAGUUUUUGGGCAACAUGUAACCAGGUUUUUGAAAUUUUUCUAUUGUUUUAUAGAUGUACGAAGGGCAAACACUUAUGUAUAUAUGUACUGUAUUAUUAAGGCAAGACGUGCAUUGUCACUGCUUUGUGUUAAGUGCAUUAUGCUUCCCAUUGUAUUCAUGCUGCAGUGUUGAAAACAUGCCAAAAUUAGGAAAUUCCAGCUGUGUUUGAUGAAUGAAAAGAUUAGACAUGGAGGAAAGUAAAUGUGUGUAUUGGAAAUGUGGAUUAUGUGUUGCAGACGGUAAAUCCACAUCUCAGUGAACAUAAAAUCUGAUGGUAGCAAUGUCUA